AUAACGCGUGGGGGGAAACCCGCGUGCGCAAGGCGGGCGGUCCAGGGCCUAUAAGACCCUGCGGGAGCGCACGCCCGGCACCUGACCACACGAACUGCAGCCAUGAAGAUCAUCCUCGCUUGCGUAGCCCUCCUCGCCGCCGCUCAGGCGGCGCCCAGGUUAGCUGAACCACAAGAGUUUCUACCAACAGUUACUCCCAUUGGUAAG